UGGUAGAGCAGGUCUGCAACUUGACACUGUCAUCCCAGACUGUUCACACCUAGCACCUCGAGCCAGAGAGGGAUCGGGCAAGGAAAGUGUUCACGCCUAUCACCUUCUGCCUGAGCGAGAAAGGAGGAGGAUCCUGAAUUUGAGAGCGAGGAGGGGAUUGGGUUUGAGGUUGAGCAUGAUGGUGUGAGAGUUAGAAAGAGGUGGAGUUGUAUCUACCUGAUAUAGACACAACCGACUCUGACAUGCAGGAAACAUUUAGUAUUCAUUAUUCAAAUGGUGGCAUAGCUUAUUUUUGUGAGGGCCUCCUGAAUAAAGGUGUGGGGUCCAACACGAGAUAUAUUUUAUAAAUAUUUUAAACCUUUUGAAACUGUACUUUUAACCUUUCGAAAAUAUUUGUUCUCAAAUUUCUUUAAAUGCACCCUCUGCUAACUUUGACUAGGGAAGUGACAAAUGCCUACUUUGGUUACUCAUAGUUGUAGUCCCCUCAAUAUACAGUUAGAAUUAUUUGAUGCUGCAAGUGCUGACAUUAGUCCCAUUUGUCAUUGUUUUGGCAAUAUGUUAAAUGUCUGGACACGCCACUGCACAAGAAAUGCUGAGUAGGACUUCAUAUUAAUUCAACGCAAACUAUAUAAUAAUAAAUAAGAAACUUUUUGGAAAAUACAUUUCCAAUGGCAGCAUUUGAGCGCACAUCACAUUAAUCUACGAGUCCAAUUUGGGUUUGGACUAGCGAGAUUGAGGAAAUGGGAAAUGAGCCACUCUCCUCUCUCCGGUUCCAGGAUUUGUUAUCCGCCGUCGAUCACCUUCUGGAAAUAAUAUUACAAUAAAACUUUGAGGGAAGUGACGAGUGGAUGAGACGGUGGAGCUGAAAUUCCUUGGUGCCAUUAGGAUUCCGAGGACGGCAACUCGAAACACGUCGUCAUCAAAAGAAAAGCGAACUGGAGAUGUGCGUCCAUACACAGCAUAAAUAGCCUGUUAGGCUACUGUGGAUUUUGAAUUCAUCCUAGGCCUCUUCAGCACACUUCUCCACACAGUCCAUGAUGGCAUCCCCAAGGCUGGAGACUUUCUGCUGCCCAAACCGAGACGCAUCCACCGAAUUUGUCAUUACUUUUCAACCGCUUUUCUUCGGUGCCAUAUGCAUUGGCAGCGCAAGUUUGAGUCUAAUUUUUUCAAUACUACAGAUUUUGCCCAAACGCAAGGGCUACAGACGUCUUGGACAGUACCCUUUGCCGAAACCUGCAUCGUCCUCGAGAAUAUUGUUCAUAAUCAGCAUUUGUGAUAUUUUGGGAUGUGCAGGAAUCAUCGUGAGAUCGUCCAUCUGGCUGGGCUUGCCAAACCUCGUUAGCGGCAUCUCUGUGGCCAACAGCAGUGAUGUCUGGCCAGAGGUGUUUUGUGUGGGCAGCGCAAUGUGGAUCCAGCUGUUCUUCAGCGCUUCCUUCUGGUGGACCUUCUGCUAUGCUGUGGAUGUCUUCCUGGUAGUCAAGAGAUCUGCAGGAAUAAGCACUAUCAUCCUCUAUCACAUGAUCACAUGGGGCCUGGCUGUGUUGCUGUGUGUUGAGGGUGUAGCCAUGCUAUACUACCCGUCAAUCUCCAAUUGUGAGAAUGGUCUUCAGCAUGCCAUCCCCCACUACAUCACCACCUACGCUCCUCUGCUGCUUGUGCUUCUGGUCAACCCUGUGCUGUUCGCCCGCACCGUGUCUGCAGUUACAUCCUUACUUAAGGGACGACAAGGAAUCUACACAGAAAAUGAAAGACGCCUAGGCACAGAGAUAAAGAUACGCUUCUUCAAAAUCAUGCUGGUGUUCUUUAUUUGCUGGUUACCCAACAUCAUCAAUGAGAGCUUGCUCUUCUACCUGGAGAUGCAGAUAGACAUCAAGGCUGCCACUUUAAAGAAUGUGAGGAACGCAGCCCUCAUCACAUGGUUCAUCAUGGGGAUCCUCAAUCCAAUGCAGGGUUUCCUCAAUACCCUGGCCUUCCAUGGAUGGACAGGCAUGGAUGUGGACCUGAGCCUGCAGCGCAGGAGGGAGCUGGCCUGGGACUCUGCCUCCACCUCGGCGGCUGCCACAGGGGGCUACAACCCAAUUGUAGGCUCCACCCUACUCUACCAGAGUCACGUCCAGGAAGGCAAGAAGAACAUGACGGCCAAUGGGCAUCAGCCGUCCGACGCGAUCAGCGUCCUCUCAGAAGGUUCUGAGUCUAGUACAAUUGAAAUCCACAUUUCCAGUGAGCUUCGCGAGUAUGAGGAUGUAGACGCAGAUGAGGAAUCGCUGGAGAACUCUGUGAAGCACUAGCUGGGGCCAAAUGCUGCAACAACCACCAGCCUCUUCUCUCCACACACAGAGACUGUGUUCAUAUUAAGCUUCCCCAAGUCCUCGUCUAGAAGGACCACUCUCUUUUCCAACGCAGGGUUAGAACGUUUCAAUAGAUACUUUACAAGUAUUUAAAGCAAUCUUUUGUGAGCUGUACUGUGUUAGUUGUUCUCCAUCAAUGAUAUUUUAUCAGACAAACUUGCACUAUGUCUAUAGAGUAUUCUCUGUCUAUAUGUGACACCCUAAUGGGCUUUGCCUGUUUGUUUCCACAGUACACAAUCCUACUAAUUAAUCUGCUGUAGAUGAUGUGGUGUUAUAUUAUUGAAUCAUCAACUGUACAGUAAUGGAAUAGUCCCAUGGACAACUCACCGUUUCAUAUUGAAGUCAGUCAACAGUAAAGACCUGUCAUUCCCCAUUGUUAAAUAACACAAAGGCUGACCUUUAAAAGUGUUUGAGUUACUUGAUAAAGAUGCGUGUACUAAAUUCAACAUGUCACCAGAUGACAGGCUCUGUGCAUCAAAUCAACACAAAUGCUCAUUCGCACCCGGUGCAUCAGAUGAUUAGGAGUAUUCAUAUGGGUUGUUGAAAAGUCUGUUUUAAUGUUGUUUUUCUGUCAUGUUUUUGCAUUCCUGUUCUUUUUCAUAUAAAAUUAAACAGACAUUUUAAGUUCUUGUGCCAGAACUGCAUUAAGGUGACAGUCACUGUAAUCCCCUUUUACUUUAAUUUCACCACUUUCAACUAGGUCAGGACCACCAGUAAUACAACAUGUAUAACUUAUGCUCAAUAAAAGUCCAAAAGAGACCAAAAUAAUGACAAUACAGAACACAGACACAGUAAUUUCUAGUAUCAAAAUAGAGUGAUUUAUUUGAGACAUUUGAGUGUUGACUUUAUCGUCUUGGAAACAGGUGAGCACACACCCUGGUUGGGAGUGGGAGAAAGAUAGCUGUCACAGCACUUGUUUCACACUGGGCCCCUCAGCAAGCCAAGAUGGCCCCCAAAUAACAGCCCCAUUCUCAGUCUGACACAGACAAUAAUGGCUCUCUGCAAAAAAAAAAGAA